GUGAAGUGGUCGCCAUAGCGACAAGCGGCUGCAACGGACCGAGUGCAUUGGUGAGGCCACUGAGCCUCUCCAGGUCCCUCUCAGUCUCUGCGGCCAUGGCGGGAAACCUCGGGGAUGUCCGCAAACUCUUUCUUUUUACGACCACCCAGAAUUACUUCGGGCUGAGACCGGAGCUCUGGGACCAGGCCCCGCUGAGCAACUGCCCGGAGGUGAACAACUUCUUGGACGACGGGAACCAGAUGCUACUUCGGGUGCAGCGGUCCGACGCUGGGCUGGCCUUUUCCAACACGAUUGAUUUUGAUGACACAAAAGACAAAGUGCUGGUGUUUUUCAAGCUCCGACCAGAAGUAAUUACAGAUGGCAAUUUGCAUAACAACAUUCUUGUUUCUUCUAUGCUGGAAUCGCCUAUCAACUCCCUUUACCAAGCUGUACGGCAUGUGUUUGCACCCAUGUUGCUAAAGGACCAGGAAUGGAGUAGAAACUUUGAUCCUAAACUUCAGAAUCUUCUGAGUGAACUAGAAGCUGGAUUGGGUGUAGUCCUACGAAAAUCAGAUACUAACUUACCGAAGCUGAAACUUAAGGAAGACGAUACGAGAGGUAUUCUCACACCAAGUGAUGAGUUCCAGUUUUGGAUAGAACAAGCUCAUCGUGGAAGCAAACAGAUUAGUAAAGAGAGAGCCAGUUACUUUAAGGAAUUAUUUGAAACGAUUGCAAGGGAAUUUUAUAACUUGGACAGUCUGUCCUUGCUAGAAGUUGUUGACUUAGUGGAGACAACUCGGGAUGUUGUGGAUGAUGUGUGGCGACAGACAGAGCAUGAUCAUUACCCCGAGUCACGCAUGCUGCAUCUCCUGGAUGUCAUAGGUGGUUCGUUUGGAAGGUUUGUUCAGAAAAAGCUUGGAAGCUUGAAACUGUGGGAAGAUCCUUAUUAUCUUGUGAAAGAAAACCUUAAAGCUGGCAUUUCAAUUUGUGAACAGUGGGUGAUAGUCUGCAGUCACCUCACAGGUCAGGUGUGGCAGCGCUAUGUCCCUCAUCCAUGGAAAAGUGAAAAGUAUUUCCCAGAAACUCUUGACAGACUGGGCAAACGGCUAGAGGAGGUCUUGGCUAUUCGAACGAUUCAUGAGAAGCUCUUGUAUUUUUUACCUGCCAGUGAAGAGAGAAUUGUAUGCCUGUCUCGAGUCUUUGAGCCUUUUACUGGCAUGAACCCCGUGCAGUACAAUCCUUAUACGGAGCCUUUAUGGAAAGCUGCAGUGUCUCAGUAUGAAAAGAUCAUUGCACCCGCAGAACAGAAAAUAGCAGGGAAAUUAAAGAAUUAUAUUUCAGAAAUUCAAGAUAGUCCACAGCAGCUUCUCCAAGCAUUUCUAAAAUACAAAGAAUUGGUGAAACGUCCCACUAUAAGCAAAGAGCUGAUAUUAGAGAGAGAGACUUUACUAGCAAGACUUGGGGAUUCAGCUAAAGAUUUUCGAUUGGACUUUGAGAAUCGGUGCCGAGGAAUUCCUGGUGACGCAUCUGGACCACUUUCUGGCAAAAAUCUUUCAGAAGUUGUGAAUAAUAUUGUUUGGGUUCGUCAGUUGGAAUUGAAGGUAGACGAUACUAUCAAGAUUGCAGAAGCUCUUUUGUCCGACCUGUCAGGAUUUCGAUCUUUUCAUCGGAGUGCUGAAGAUCUCUUGGACCAGUUCAAGCUCUAUGAACAAGAACAGUUUGAUGAUUGGUCAAGAGAAGUCCAGUCAGGGUUGUCUGACUCCAGGUCAGGUUUGUGUAUUGAGGCUAACAGCCGAAUAAUGGAAUUGGACCCUAAUGACGGAGCGUUAAAAGUGCAUUAUUCUGAUCGCCUGGUGAUUCUUCUGAGAGAAGUCCGUCAGCUUUCUGCCCUGGGCUUUGUCAUUCCUGCCAAAAUACAACAGGUUGCAAAUGUUGCUCAGAAGUUCUGCAAGCAAGCCAUUAUUCUUAAGCAAGUGGCACAUUUUUACAAUUCCAUUGAUCAACAGAUGAUUCAGAGUCAGAGGCCGAUGAUGCUGCAGUCUGCCUUAGCAUUUGAGCAGAUAAUUAAAAAUUCAAAGGCCGGUAGUGGAGGCAAGUCACAGAUUACUUGGGACAACCCUAAAGAACUAGAAGGCUACAUCCAGAAACUCCAAAAUGCUGCUGAGCGACUUGCCACGGAGAAUAGAAGGCUGAGAAAGUGGCACACUACAUUUUGUGAAAAGGUGGUCACUCUUAUGAAUAUUGACCUGCUUCGGCAGCAGCAGCGCUGGAAGGAUGGGCUACAGGAACUGAGAACUGGCUUGGCGAGUGUGGCAGCGCAGGGCUUCCAGCCCAGCGACAUGCGUCCGUGGCGGCAGCACUGGAACCACCAGCUUUACAAGGCCCUGGAGCAUCAGUAUCAGAUGGGUCUGGAGGCGCUGAAUGAGAACUUGCCAGAAAUAAACGUAGACUUAACCUACAAACAAGGAAGGUUACAGUUUAGGCCCCCUUUCGAAGAAAUCCGGGCUAAGUAUUACCGAGAAAUGAAGAGGUUCAUCGCAAUUCCCAAUCAGUUUAAAGGCGUGGGUGAGGCUGGAGAUGAAUCAAUAUUUUCUGUCAUGAUUGAUAGAAAUGCAAGUGGAUUUCUGACUAUUUACAGCAAAGCAGAAGAUCUGUUUAGAAGACUGUCAGCUGUUUUACAUCAACAUAAGGAAUGGGUUGUGAUUGGACAAGUUGACAUGGAAGCUCUGGUCGAAAAGAACCUUUCUACUGUGCAUGAUUGGGAGAAAAAUUUUAAAGCAUUGAAAAUAAAGGGGAAAGAAGUUGACCGGCUUCCCAGUACAGGGUUUCUCUGUGUAGCCCUGGCUGUCCUGGAACUCACUCUGUAG